CCUCUCCUCCCCCUUUCUCGUGAUCUCCUACUCCGAGAAGCCUGGUUUGGGUUUUCCCCCUUCCGUGAUCUUGCGCCCGUCCUCCUCGAUCUCGUUUCCCGAUCCGCGCGUGGAAUUGGGUCUUGGAUUGUCUCGAUCCGUAUAGGGCGAAGCGAUCUGAGGAUUUCCAUUAGGAAUUGUUCUUUGGCGAAAUUCUUUGGGUGGAUCUUAAGGGUGGCGGAAGACGUGGAACAGCAUGUUGUGGCUGAGCCUCUCCGUAGAUGUUCUCCGGAAAGUUAUUUCCUUGAACUUGUAUUGUAGGGUCAUUCUGUAACUCUACUUCCCUUUCCCCUGCUCGCCUCUUUCUACUGCUGUUGUUCCGUCCUCUUGGUUCAUGGCAUCGAAGCCAUAUUCCUUUACAACUCAUUGAGACCUCGAAGAGAACAAGAAGCAAGGGGGAUCUGUUCUUCUUCUUCUUCUGGUCUCCUAGACUCUGUCUGAGCUGUCUUCUGCGGAGAGUUAUUGGGUUCUUUACUCUUCCCAUUUCUUUGGGUUUCUUCUUAAUUCCUGUUGGACUGGUUCGUAUUCGAGGGCAAGAAGAGUAGUAAUGGUGUGCCAAGCAGCGACACAGACGAGAUUCCGAGCCUUGAAACAUGAGAAUGGGAUCGCCGGUAGCUCCACCAUAAUCGUUAGGAUCAUAGCUUGCUUCCAGCCAUUACAGGAUUGCCAGGCCGAAUAUUUCCGCCAUCUCCUCAAGCCCGUUACGUAGAUCAGCUCUCUCCUUUGCUUCAUCAAAUAAAGCUGGAAUCUUUGCAGUUACUUGAAGAGAUUCUUGUGGAUAGGACAUUCGAUCUUAGCUGAUUUCCGCCUGGUGAUUGCUCUGGUGAUUUUUGUUGAUGGGGAAGGACGUCGAUCCGUGGAUCUACUGUCCGCACUCACCAUGGCGAUUUAGUAGCUUCAACUGCGCGAGUAGUCUCCGGCAACCUGCUGCCGGGCGGCAGAACACCAAUUCCAUGAUGUUUCCUACGUACUUCAACCCUUAUGGAUGUGCUUUCUCUGGCAAUGCUGCCCCUCCUUUCCCUGUGUUUCAAGCACAGAGAACCCUGCCGAAGACGCCGGCAUGGAUAACGCCUUCCGUCCACACCCAUGGACCGACAGGAUUUGCUGAUUCUCAGAAGAGAUUCCUGGUUUUCGAUCACUCGGGGGAUCAAACGAGCUUAAUCUUCAGCUCAUCGGGCACCCCGUUUGCGAGUCCGAUGUCCAUGAAUCCAGCACCGGACGUGCAGGGCAGCAAUGAGACCAACGUUUCCGAUGGCCAUGGCGGCGAGGAGAUGCAUGAAGACACCGAAGAAAUCGAUGCGCUUCUGUACUCGGACUCUGAUGAUGAUGAUGAGGAAGAAGCAGCGAGCACGGGGCACUCUCCGAUGAAGAUGGCGGCAGAGAGUGUUGAAGAGGUUGCCAGCUCUACCGUGCCAGCCAAAAGAAGAAGAUUUGAUCUGGAACUCGACGCAUCGCUCGUAGAUACAGCGAGCUCAGCGGUAGCUGAUCACUACCAGGACUUGUGCUCCGACUAUAGGAACAAAGAUACCAGCGAUGACGCCGAGUCCAGCUGGGUGAGGGGUGGCGCGAAAAGAAGGCUGGUGGAAGAAGAGGCCGAAACACACAGUGACUCCCACCAUGGAAGCAAGCGUCUGAAGAGGGCCAGGAUACAAGAGACGGUCGGCGUACUGCGAAGAAUCAUUCCGGGCGGAAAGGGCAAAGACGCGGCCACCAUUCUCGACGAAGCCAUUCGCUACCUCAGGACCCUUAAGCUGAAAGCCAAGGCUCUGGGUGCUACUCCACUGUAGCAACAACAUCAACAGCGGCACCUCCAUAUCUAGUAGCACUAUAUACAUAUAUUAGUGUUGGUUUGUGGUAGUAAUUGGCACCGGUAAUAGCUGUAGAAACUCCGUUUUUUUUUUUUUUCAUCUUUUUCUUUACUCCCCUUACGUAACGAGAGAGAGAGGAUGGGAGGAUAGGAUCGAGCUUGUGGGGGUCCAGGGGAAAGGAGAGAGAAGCCAAUGGGCUCUGUCCGCACGGCUCCAAUGAUUGAAGGUAGGAAUCGGCACUCUAGUGCAUUCCAUUAGUGGGGGGUGCGAGGCUUCUCUCUCACCCUCUCUCUCCUUGGUCUUUUGAUGAUGGGGGUGAAGGGAGUAUGUAUGAUGGUCCAAUAAAGCAGUCCUGUUAGUGUCUUUGUGGGCUUGUGCUGUGUGUGUUGGGGUGUGGGUGGUGAGGGGAGAUGAUUUCAAGUGAUACAAAGAGGGGGAAAGCGCGAGAGCAGUCUCUUUUGACCGAAGGGGCAUGAUGGGAGCUCGAGGCAGGAGUACGCAUGUGGCGGUGGAUUCGGGGAGGGCGGGCGGGCGCGCGCGUGGGCGGGGGCCGCAGCGUGGCUUUUAUAUCCUUUUGGGGGUUGUGAUCUUGCUUUAGGGUAAGGUGGGUGGAUGGUCUUUGGUUUGGGGGAAAAUGGUUGCCUUGUAUCCCUUUCAUGAUUUCCUGGAGGAAACUUGUUGGGGGAUCUCUUUCUGCUGCUGCUUUUUUAAAUUCUUUUUUUUUAACGUGGAUGGAUAAGGGGGGCAGCCGAAUAUUAUUAGCCUUUGUGGGGGGCCAUGUAAGAUGAUAUAUCUGUUAAAGCGAAGGUGCAUGGAUGCAUGGUUGUGGUCCAACGGGGAUGGUUUUGUUUUUGAGCUCGGUGCCGGGUGGGAUGGUUGGGCCCUUCUGGAAGGCCUGCUUGAUGUCUGUGGAGUGAAUGUUCAAGGGCUACAGGCUGGUAGGUUUGGUUGUCAUGCAUUGAUGUGGAUGUGUCUUGUACAGAACUUCCUUCCAAGUGUCACUUGGCCUUCUAUUGUUGCAUCUAUGUGAUGAUUUGUAUGUAUGCUUUUGAUUAUUUAUCUUCAUUUCCAUGGUCUAUUGUGAUGUGAUCUUGGGGUUAUGCAAGGCGAGAGAUGGGUGCUCUUGCAUGAUCUGCAGCGUUUCCUCUCUGUCUGGUGUGGUCAUGGGGUGGUUCAACUGCUUUAUUCAUAUUUGCCUAUUUGAUCAGGCUAUUUGAUCAGAUUGAUAUUUA